GUUGUGUUCUGUCCAAACUCUGUUCUAAUGCCAGCUUUUGUCUCGUCUUUUCUCUAUCCUUAUCUUCCCUCUAUCUUCGAUCCCAACACAUACACAACACGCACACACACAUAUAUAAAUCAACUGACUGACACAUACAAUCAUGAUCAUCAUCAUCAAAAACUGCGACAAGCCUUUACUCAAUUUCAAAGAGAUGGAGAUGCAAACAAAAUGCGACUUGGAACUUCGCCUUCUUACUUCUUCUUAUGAUUCUGAUUUCCAUAGCUCGUUGGACGAAUCAAGCAGCUCUGAAAUUUCACAACCAAAGCAAGAAUCUCAGAUAUUAACCAUUUUCUACAACGGGCACAUGUGUGUUUCUUCAGAUCUUACCCAUCUUGAGGCUAACGCUAUACUAUCGCUAGCGAGUAGAGAUGUGGAAGAGAAAUCUUUAUCCUUGAGAAGUUCAGACGGUUCGGAUCCUCCAACAAUCCCAAACAAUUCGACUCGAUUUCAUUAUCAAAAGGCCUCUAUGAAGAGAUCUCUUCACAGUUUUCUUCAGAAACGAAGUCUUCGGAUUCAAGCAACUUCCCCUUACCACCGUUACCGAUAGCACUAUCUAUUUGAUUUCAUUUUUGUGAUUCUCUUCAAUUUUUUUUUUACUGUAACAUAAUAAUCCAAUUGUCUUGAAUUCUUUUUCUGUGUGUUUGGAUGGAUUACAGACCUUAAUUAGGUAGAGUAUUAAAGUUUCAUAAUUUCCAGUAACUUGUGUUUAGAGUUCAAGAGGUUGACAAAAUUUAUCAACGGUCUCCUAAAAUGGGUAAACCGAGAAACUUUUAUACGAAAA